AUGUCGAUGAUCUCAGUGGUACACGACUAUUCUAUUCUAUAUUCGAACAGGAUUCUUCAGAAAGACAAGAGAUGGGCCGACGGAAGGCUACGAUAUUACGAAUUCAACAAUAAGAUGGAGGUAUACUCCGAGGAGCAGUUCCUACUAGCUACUGAUUUCUACCCAUCGAACAAGAAGCUGCCUAUUCAAAGUGGAGCUUUCGAGGAGGGAUCUGAAUUCAAACUCCCCAGUGGAAAAUUCUUGAUCUCAGUGCAAGAGUACUUGGGUUGUUCGGAACGAGACGUGUCAAAGGUGUUCAAGAAGGCAGAUCGAACUCCCGAUACGACAAAUUCGACUGUUGUAAAAGCCGAGCCAUUCAUAAAACUCGAAGACUCGUCACAAAUGUCAGAGAUUCCACUCCCCGAACACCUUUCGUUUCUCAAGACAGAGCCCAAAGAGUCCAUCACACCAACACCAAAACCCAGGCGAAUCGGCCUAACGAGAAAGAGAGGAACCACCAAGAAACAAAGUGACCUCAGUCUGUUCACUCGAGGCCCAUCUGUGGAAGAAAAAUUAAACAAGUAUCUUGAAGGAAGACUGGCCAAAGUUACACGGAUUCCACCUCGAAGUGCUAAUUUGUAUACCCGUCUUAACCAGGAAAUAUCCAUGGACGUGGAGGACCUCGACAGAAGCAUCAAAGUCCCCCACACGGGGCUAACUCAAAGGAGAGAGGAAGAUUAG